AUGUUUGUAGACUAUUCUGGGGCACCCAAUUUUCAGCCUAUCAACAUGUGCUUUGGGGAAAAUUAUAUCAAACUGGUAUCGUUUAUAGAGGCAACCACAGUACAAAAACGCUUCGAAUCAAUGCUACUGCUAGCUUUCCCUUUUUCUAAAAGUUUUUCACAACUAACAGUAGAUGACUUUAGGGGUAAUGAAUAUCUAAUUACCGAAUUCGUCAUAAAAUUUUUGACUUUGGAUCAAAUAAAGAAAUUUGAAAACCUUCUUAAGCAAUGUCCAACCUUGUACUUUCUCAAGAUUAGACUCAACCCAUUAAAAAAAGUUGAAAGAACAGAAGUACUGUUAGAUUCUGGCUCCAUCAUUGGGAUGCUAUUUUGGGAUUUAACCAACCUAUUUGAUGAGUUCAUUACACAAAUCUAUCAUGGUGUGAUAAAAACAAUUAUAAUCAAUAAACCGGACACUGAACAGUAUAAUGGUUGGACUAUGGUGCAAAAAUAUAUAUUUAGUGACCAACUUGAUCUGCCAAAAAAAAAAUUGCUAAAACCAAUGAAGAACUAUCUACAAAUACCAUUGAAUUAUCCUGUUGAAUUCGACAUCUACUCUCAAAUAAAGGCAAUAAAUAAAAAUACAAGAUUAACUUUGAAGUUUGAAGAAUUUACCAUAAAUAAAGAUUACCAAAACCUUAAGCUUUUGAAUGAAUGCGACAUCAGUUUAAAACCUGUCAAUUUUAAAGUUUUUAUUAUGUGGUCGGAAGAUUUUACAACUAAUUCUGAAAAUGAGGCCUUGAAUACAACUACCCAGGGGUCUAGAAAAAUACUUGGAGCUCUGGAUGGUAAUGUUGAAAGGAAAAAAAUAGAUGAGGAUCAUGUUAACAAUGAAACUUACAAGAAACACUCACUAUCAGAAGAUAAGAAAUUAACCAAAAAAAGAGAACUUGGAGAAAAUAUCUACAAUUUCAACGACAAAAAAAAUAUCUGCAACUCUGAGAAGAAAAUGGAAGAGCACGAAAAAUUACUGUAUCGCGUAGUAAAAAGUGCAACAUCUGCACCAAUAUUAGAUGAAGAGUUUUUUAUACCAAGUUAUGCUAAAGACAAAAGUGGCAGGAGGCCCAAUUCGGAAAGAAUCCACACUAAAUAUUCAUUUUUUAACAAUAGAAUGAUCAAAACAGCCCACUCGGAAAAUAUUUGGUCAUCAGUGCCUGAAUAUGAUCCUCUUGAAUUAAAUACAAAGGAUCUUAAUUGGAAAACGUUUUUCAAAAUUAAAGUAAGAAAAAUUAGAGAAAGUUGCAGAUAUUUUAAGGAAGUAUCAAAAUAUUGCAUAGAAGAUUUCCUAGGAAAAGAGUAG